UUGAACAUUCCACGCAGACAACUCCCUCGUCAGCUCUAUAUAAAACCCCCUGAGUCAAGAUCCUUCGCCUCUUCCCCCUCUCCAUUUCUUACAAAAUUCAGAUCGUCUCUUUGAAUCAAAACAACAGAUUUAGGACAAGUAUUCUUAUGAGGAAUAUGUUAUUCAGAGUAGGGAUUUUCUUAUCCCUACUCUCGUUAUUCCUGAUUAAGUCAGAAUCCGCUGUUUCGAGCAUAGAUCUAGGCUCAGAAUGGAUGAAAGUCGCCGUGGUAAAUCUAAAACCCGGCCAAAGUCCAAUCACCAUUGCCAUCAACGAGAUGUCGAAGCGAAAGUCCCCAGCCUUAGUAGCAUUCCAAUCGGAAGCUCGCUUACUCGCCGAAGAAGCAGCCGGAAUCGUAGCUCGUUACCCCGACAAAGUGUUUUCCAAUCUUCGAGACAUGAUUGGAAAGCCCUAUCAAGACGUCAAGCGCUUCGCUGAUUCAAUGUACCUUCCGUUUGAUAUAAUGGAAGACUCUAGAGGCGCCGCGAGGAUUCGAGUUUCGGAUGAUGUUAGUUACUCAGUCGAGGAGUUGCUGGGAAUGCUUUUGAAGUACGCGGCCAAUUUGGCGGAGUUUCAUUCAAAAGUGACCGUUAAGGAUGCGGUGAUUUCGGUGCCGCCCUAUUUUGGACAAGCGGAGAGGAAAGGGUUGUUAGCGGCGGCGGAAUUGGCCGGAAUAAAUGUGGUUUCGUUGAUAAAUGAGCAUUCCGGGGCGGCAUUGCAGUAUGGGAUUGACAAGAAUUUUUCAAAUGAGUCGAGGCAUGUGAUUUUUUAUGAUAUGGGUUCGAGUAGUACUUACGCAGCUCUUGUUUAUUAUUCUGCCUAUAAUGCUAAGGAGUUUGGGAAAACUGUUUCUGUCAACCAAUUUCAGGUGAAGGAUGUUAGAUGGGACUCAGAACUAGGAGGACAGAACAUGGAAUUACGGCUGGUAGAGUACUUUGCAGAUGAGUUCAAUAAACAAGUUGGAAAUGGGAUUGACGUGAGGAAGUAUCCCAAGGCAAUGGCUAAGUUGAAGAAACAGGUUAAACGUACAAAAGAAAUUUUAAGUGCAAAUACAGUGGCUCCAAUAUCUGUUGAAUCCCUCUACGAUGAUAGGGACUUCAGGAGCACUAUAACUCGCGAGAAGUUUGAAGAGCUCUGUGGAGACCUUUGGGAUAAAUCUCUUCUACCUGUGAAAGAAUUGCUUAAGCAUUCAGGUUUGCAAACUGAUGAUAUAUAUGCUGUGGAGUUGAUCGGAGGUGCUACUAGAGUGCCAAAGUUGCAGGUUAAGCUCCAAGAAUAUUUUGGAAGGAAAGAUCUUGACAAACAUCUGGAUGCUGAUGAAGCUAUUGUUCUUGGUGCAGCGCUACUUGCUGCAAAUUUAAGUGAUGGAAUCAAGUUGAAUCGUAAACUGGGGAUGGUUGAUGGUUCCUCCUACAGUUUCAUUGUUGAAUUAGAUGGGCCUGAUCUUUCAAAAUAUGGGGCCACAAGGCUUUUACUAGUGCCAAGGAUGAAAAAACUUCCCAGUAAGAUUUUCAAGUCCUUGAAUCAUAGCAAAGAUUUUGAAGUGUCACUUGCCUAUGAUCAUGAAGAUCUUUUACCUCCAGGGCUUUCCUCCCCCAUUUUUGCUCAGUAUGCAGUGUCCGGUUUAACAGAUGCAGCUGAGAAGUAUUCAUCUCGGAAUUUGUCUUCUCCCAUCAAAACAAACUUGCAUUUCUCUCUUAGUAGAAGUGGAAUUCUUUCUUUGGAUCAAGCAGAGGCUGUUAUUCAGAUAUCAGAAUGGAUAGAAGUUGCUAAAAGGAAUUUGACCGUAGAGAAUACAACCAGUGCUUCCCUCAAUGUAUCUGUUGAUGUUGGAACUAAAAACACUUCUGAACAAAGUAACAAUGGCUUGGAUUCAGAUGGUGGGAUUAGUAAUGCAUCUAACUCUAGUGAACCAAAUACAAUGGAUCUUGGUACAGAAAGAAAACUAAAGAAGAGGACCUACAAAAUUCCACUGAAGAUAGUGGAGAAAACAAUGGGACCUGGAAUGUCUCUUUCCAAAGAAUCCUUUUCUGAUGCUAAACGUAAAUUGGAAGCAUUGGACAAGAAGGAUGCAGAGCGAAGAAGAACAGCUGAGUUAAAAAAUAACCUUGAAGAAUAUAUAUAUGCUACAAAAGAGAAGCUUGAAACAUCUGAAGAUGUUGAGAAAAUAUCUUCAAUUGAUGAACGCCAAUCUGUUAUCAAAAAACUUGAUGAGGUUCAAGAGUGGCUGUAUACUGAUGGUGAAGAUGCAACUGCCACUGAGUUUCAGGAACACCUAAAUUUGUUAAAAGCCACUGCUGACCCAAUAUUUUUUAGAUUGAAAGAGUUGACUGCGCUGCCAGAAGCAGUAGAAGUUGCUCGACUAUACGUUACUGAAUUGCAACAGACCAUUCGUGGGUGGGAGACAGACAAACCUUGGCUGCCAAAAGACAGAGUAGAUGAGCUGUCAGUCAAUAUGGACAAUUUCAAGACUUGGUUGGAUGGGAAGGAGGCUGAGCGGAAUAAGACAUCUGGAUUCAGUGCACCUGUUUUCACAUCUGAAGAAGUGUAUGAGAAGCUAUUCAGUUUGCAAGACAAGGCUGCCAGCAUUAAGAGAAUCCCCAAGCCAAAGCCUAAAGUUGAGAAGCCGAUAAAGAAUGAAACUGAGACCAACUCAGAGAAUGCGAAUACUUCUGACUCAACUCCCGAGAAGGACACCUCUCAAAAUGACAAACCAGCUGGGGACUCAGACAGCUCAACCAAUGAAGAAGUUAAUGUAGAAUCAGAACCCCACGACGAGUUAUAAUCAGUUUAACACAACAAGCACGGACUUUUUAAAACUAAUUAUCAGCCUUCUGACUCAGUGGAGACUAUGCAUUCCAGCAAAUUUAUUAUAUGGAAGAAAUGACAGCUUUGCCCUACUUUACUGUUGCGGAGAUUGAUGGUUUGAUGGUCGGAUUGUGUCCGGUGGUUGAAAGGCUGUUUGCUGAAGGAUUUUCGGUUUUCUCCAUCAUCAGCCUCCGACGAUGCUUCCCUUAUAGCUGAGGAGCAUUUCUUGGUAGUGUAGGUUGCCCCAUAAAGAGUUUUGGAGACAAUACAAAUGUUAAAGAGGAUUUUGGUUAUGGAAAGAGGAUAAUUUAUGAUCCUUAUAAUGAAACAUAGAUAGAUUCUCAGGCAAAGAACACAAGGACCAAUCUCCUUGGAAUUAAUCUGUAUUUUGUUUGGGUGCUAAAUGGUUUAGAACACCCUUUUGUCAUGCCAAAUGGUUUAUGUCAACUAUUGGUUCUUGAGUAUAAUCCAUGAGAUAGUUCAGUCCC